AUGGCUACAAAGAUUGACGUUCCCGGAGUAGCCUUGAUUACUGGUGCUGCGUCAGGAAUUGGACGCGCAACAGCUAUCGCGUUUGCGCAAGCAGGCUGCACAAAGUUUGCCCUUCUCGACCUGAAUGAAGGCGGGUUGCAAGAAACCAAGGGACUUGUGGAACAGUCUGUAUCCGCUACAGAUAUCUCGGUUGGCACCUACAAAUGCGACGUCUCCUCCCCGGAAAGCGUCGUGUCCGCCUACACUGCCGCCAAGGAGCACUUCACUCGUGUCGACUACUCAGUCCAUUGUGCAGGCAUCAUCGUCUUCGGCGGACCCAGCGCCGACUUCCCCGUCGAGGACUUCGACCGGCAGAACUCCAUCAACUACCGGGGCUUGUGGCUAUGUUGCCGCGAGGCCAUCAAGAUCAUGCGCUCACAGCCUUUCGAUUGCGAGGCUUACCCUGAUGCCAACAUUUCUUCCGUCCGAGCCCAGCGCGGUGCGAUCGUCAAUAUUUCCUCUGGCCUGGCGCUGUACGCACAGCCGAACUGUCCCGCAUAUUGUGGCGCAAAGGCCGGUGUCUUAGCACUCACGCGCUGCGAUGCACUUGACUACGUCGCCGACCGAAUCCGUGUCAAUGCCAUCCUGCCUGGCAUUAUCGAUUCGCCCAUGACCAAUCCCAGCCCGGAGAUCAGGGCCUGGCUGGAAUCCAACCCAGUGCAACAUACGCCCAUGAAGCGAUUCGGCAAGCCCGAGGAGAUUGCCGAUGUGGCGGUGUUUCUAGCUGGCAACAAGGCGAGCCUGGUCACCGGUGCUAGCUGGGCUGUCGACGGAGGGCUCCUGGCCGGGUACAACUGA